AUGAAGUACUCCUCCACCGUUCAAGCUGAACGAGUGAAAGCUCUGACGAGAGGAAAGACAAAAUCAGAGAUGGUCAUAGUGGAGAAGGAAAAAAAUCUGAUGGCUCAACAUCGAAGCUCUAGCCUCGAAAAACCUUACGGAGAGGCUGUGGGUCUUGGACUUUUCGAUGCAGCCAACGUAGCCUGCACUAUAGUGGAUAUUUGUUUGCAGUGGAUAUUUCAAAAGAUAGCACCCUUCGACACCACCGUCAUGGUAGUCCCGAUGUUAAACACAACAAGCCCAUGA